GUGGUGGUGCCUUAAGACGUCGGGCUAGCCCUAUAUGGGUUCACCACAGUAUUGGCGCGCAAUGGGGCACAUUAUAGCACCUAUGGGUGUAUUGGGUAUACAAUAAAACGCCACCAUAGGGGCAUCGAUUCGAUCCUUGUAAGGAUCGUUUCUAUUUCGAGCAUACAAAAGCACUUUGCAAGAGUAUAAAAGUCGAAGUGCAUUCGGCUCAUUGUCCACUCGCCGCAAUAUUCGUGCCAUCGACAGGGCGGAUUUCAUUGUUCCUAAAGUGUCUUGAGAAAGAAAAGACAAAUAAAAACCAUUCAAGAUGUGUGAUGAAGAUGCGGGAGCACUUGUGAUCGACAAUGGAUCUGGAAUGUGCAAGGCAGGAUUCGCCGGUGACGACGCCCCACGUGCCGUAUUCCCAUCCAUUGUGGGCCGACCACGGCAUCAGGGUGUGAUGGUGGGUAUGGGUCAGAAGGACUCGUACGUGGGUGAUGAGGCGCAGAGCAAGCGCGGUAUCCUCACGCUCAAGUACCCCAUUGAGCACGGCAUCAUCACCAACUGGGACGACAUGGAGAAGAUCUGGCAUCACACCUUCUACAAUGAACUCCGUGUGGCGCCCGAGGAGCACCCGGUGUUGCUCACGGAGGCCCCCCUCAACCCAAAGGCCAAUCGCGAGAAGAUGACGCAGAUUAUGUUUGAAACCUUCAACUCCCCGGCCAUGUAUGUGGCCAUCCAGGCCGUGCUCUCCCUCUACGCUUCCGGUCGUACCACCGGUAUUGUCUUGGACUCUGGCGAUGGUGUCAGCCACACUGUACCCAUCUACGAAGGUUACGCCCUUCCCCAUGCCAUCCUCCGUCUCGAUCUGGCCGGUCGCGAUCUCACGGAUUACCUCAUGAAGAUCCUCACGGAGCGCGGCUACUCCUUCACCACCACGGCCGAAAGGGAAAUUGUGCGCGACAUCAAGGAGAAGCUGUGCUACGUUGCUCUGGACUUUGAGCAGGAAAUGGCCACUGCUGCCGCCUCCACCUCCCUCGAGAAGUCCUACGAGUUGCCCGAUGGUCAGGUCAUCACGAUCGGCAAUGAGCGCUUCCGUUGCCCCGAAGCCCUCUUCCAGCCAUCCUUCCUCGGCAUGGAAUCCUGCGGCAUCCACGAGACCGUCUACAACUCCAUCAUGAAGUGCGACGUGGACAUCCGCAAGGAUCUCUACGCCAACACAGUACUCUCCGGAGGCACCACCAUGUACCCAGGUAUCGCUGAUAGGAUGCAAAAGGAAAUCACUUCUCUUGCUCCAUCAACUAUCAAGAUCAAGAUCAUUGCUCCACCAGAGAGGAAGUACUCCGUCUGGAUUGGUGGCUCCAUCCUGGCUUCCUUGUCCACCUUCCAGCAGAUGUGGAUCUCGAAGCAGGAAUACGACGAAUCCGGCCCAGGAAUCGUUCACCGCAAAUGCUUCUAAAUCAUCACAAAUCAAAAAGACAUCUUCAAACACACCCAGAAAGUCCACGGCAGAUCUUCUCAUACCAUCGAAGGACACACAAGUGCAGAUUUUUCUUCAAAAUAAUCUUCACAGUCAUCUUUUAAUUUCUCUAAGUUUCUCUUUUUUUUUUAAACAAACACCAUAUGGCUCUAUCAAUUUUUGCUCCAAGUGCUUUGGACCAAAAUUUGUGCGAUUCAGUGUAAUGGUUGAUGGAAAAAAAAAGAAUCAAAUCCGCAGUUGAUUUGGUAUUUUUGUUAAUAAACUGACUUUUUUUUGUAAAAACAUGUGAUUUCAGAAUAAAGGGAAAUUUCUUAUCAUUAAAA